CCUCACAUUUUUCAUCACAAAGUAAUAUUAUCCCGUUAUUGCGGAGCACGUAACUGAGUGCAGCAUGAAGAUGUGGAUAUUUCACGAUAAAAUGCGUUUCGGCCGCGAAGAUAAAGUUGUUAUAAUAGUGAAACCCAAGCGAACCCACGCGCCGCUCUAGCCACGCCCUCUCCUCCCAUUUCACCCAAUAGCAACGCCCGUUUUCUACCAUAUGACUUUUCUGCUAUACAAUUUUUUUUAUCUUUAAAUGUAAAUUUGCUUCUGAAAAUCACUAAAUAUUUAUACCACUUCUAUCCCAUGAUAGAUAGAUAGAUAGAUAGAUAGAUAGAUAGAUAGAUAGAUAGAUAGAUAGAUAGAUAGAUAGAUAGAUAGAUAGAUAGAUAGAUAGAUAGAGAUUUUCAUCAUAAUAAUUUCCUACUUUCAUUUUUUUCUUAUUCAUUUAACAAUUUGUCCUUUAAGUUUUAUCAUCGCCACAAACCUUAACUACUUUAUUUCUUUAUUAUCAUUGUUGGUGGAUUUUUCCCUUUCUAAAUCUUCAUUAUUAUUACCCUCAGAAUCAGAAUCAGAAAAGCUUUAUUGCCAAGUACGUUUUGGACAUACAAGGAAUUUGUCUUGGCGUAGUCGGCGCAAUACAUUAUUAUUAUCAGUAUAACAAUCAUUAAUAUGAUUGUUAUUGGCUCCUCCAAAUUUUCAUUUGAUUUAUAUAGAGACGAGUCUUUAUUUAUCUCCUUUGCUGCAGAUAUUUGUAGUAUGUGUAUAAUUUAAAUCGUACUUUUUUUGGAUGCAACUCCCGAUAUUACUUGAAAUAAGGGAGAAAGGAGUUGUCAGGUAGGCAGUCUGUAAAUAUCAUUAUCCAUCAUUAGCCACCAUGCUUAUUUGCUCAUUAUUAUUAAUAUGUAUUUAUUUAAAUAUAUAUGCUUUUUAUCUGUGCUGUUUGUUUAUUUGUUAGAGUUUUUCCUGAGUAUAAGUGAGUAGGCAUGGGUAAAUAUGCUCUUUAAACCAACCACGAAGGUAGUGUGGCUUUUCCGUGGUUUUUGUCUUGUGUUUAUGUUCUGUCUUUCUGAGAAAAAAAUAUUAACAGACUACAUACCGUCACUCCUGAGGUCAUAAAAUCUUAUUUAGAUGAAGAAAAAGCGCAUUUUUCCAUUAAUUUUCUUAACCGCUGAAUCUAAAUAAAUUAAAACAGCUUUUUUUUUUACCAUCUGACGUGGCAAGCCGUCAUCAUGUGGGCGUGGUUUAGAAUUGUCAACAUCCUGGUGACAUAAGUUCUAUCUCCAAAAUGGCGACGGGGGACCAGAGAGAAGGUUAGCGACUGUUCUUGUUGGAAUUACCGUGAAUUAUAAAUGGUUAUUUGCAGGGCAGGACGACCCAGACAGCGAAGACGAGGUCUAUGAGGUGGUGGACCUCACCGAGUACGCCCGGAGGCACCAGUGGUGGAGCCGGGUCUUUGGGAACAACUCUGGGCCGAUUGCUGAGAAGUAUUCCGUGGCUACCCAGAUCAUGAUGGGAGGGGUGACUGGCUGUGCAACAAAGUUUGUCAUAAGCCAUGCAGAGGUGCGCCCAAACCUGAACUUGUUGGCCUACACGCUAAACUAUAUGGGAAGUGGAAGUGCAACAUGGCACAUCACCUGAACACACCAUCCCACUGUGAAACAUGGUGCUCUCAUGGAAGGGAUAUUCUCAAGGGCGCUUUAUAAAUGUAGGUCUAUUACAAUAAAUCCGAAGAACCAACCCACCCCCGUAUCUAUCAACCUGUCCAGGUGCGCCGGCUAUGUUUUCCAGAGGGUCGGGAAGAUAGCGGCGACUGCCAUCGGUGGAGGGUUCCUUCUUUUACAGAUUGCCAAUCACAGUGGUUACGUGCAGGUGGACUGGAAAAAAGUGGAGAAGGAUGUAAACAAAGCAAAGAAGCACCUAAAGAAGAAAGCAAACAAAGCAGCCCCUGAAAUAAACACAUUCAUUGAGGAGGUAAAGGCCACAGAUUUCAUAAAGAGGAACAUCGUCCUGUCCAGCGGGUUUGUUGGCGGCUUCUUUUUGGGACUGGCCUCCUGAAGCUGCCGCCGCUGCCCACACUUCAUCUCCCUUUUACUGUGAAUCUCAUCACUACAUUGCUCUCCAUUGUUUACCUCUGAUUUAUCACAUAAUGAAGUGAGAGAAUGGAUCAAAUAUAUCUAGGCAUGAUCUGUUGUGACAGUGGCGUUCCUGCUUUUUCCAAGUGUUUUUCCCAGUAGAAUUUGAAAUUGGCUGGUGUGGGUACCAUUGUAAAUAUUCUGACAAAUUCUCUUCAGAAUUGUACAUAUUUCAUACACAAUAAAAGGAGUGGGAACAUGUUGCCAAAUGCCCAACUAAUCCCAAUAAUUACUUUUUUAUUCAGCUGGAAGAUUUAGAAUACGUUCAAAGCAUGUAAGUAAAAAAAUACUGCUUGGAAAAGGUUGUUUUCUUGGGAAGAUGCAUUUUCACACAGAACAGCGUGAUCAAAAUGCUUUUUAAUGACUUUAUUGAGUUCAGAUUUAAAACAAAAUGAAAGGCAACUUUGACCUAUACGCCUCUUGUUAUAUUCUUAGUGUCUGUGUUGCAGUUUUAUUACUUGCAUUACUUAUAGGAGUCAGUUGAGUUGCUUGAAUUGUGUUUUUGCCUUUUAUUUUGUCAAAGUGCAAUAAGCUGUCGUAUUAUUUUUUGUUCUUGUGGACAGAACUUCAACCAGUGCUGUUUUUUGCUGCUUGUUUGUAUCCAACAUUAUUUUGAUAAUACUGUUUGCAUUUAAUUAGUGUCUUUUGGAAUAAAUAUCCCUCAAACUGA